UGGAAAUUCAAUUGAAAAAUGACUAAAAAGUGAAGUUGAUCGGGAAGACGGGCUAUUUUGGUCAAUUUCCCGAAACAUAUUAGUUUGUAAAAAUGAUUUCAAGGUCAAUUACGUAACGAUCCCCCGAAUUCCGAGCCAUUUAAUGCAAUUUAUUUUUUAGAUUUUUUUCUUGAAGACAUGGUAAAACCUUUUGAUCAAAAUAUGCUCAAACUUAUAUGGUGUCAAACUCCCCAAAUUCCCAACAAUUUAGCACAACCCUUCACAAACUUGGAUCAAUCAAACCAACAUUCUCGAACCAAAUUUGCAAUCAUUAUAUACCAAAAAAACCCAAAUUUAGAUCUUUAGAACUCUAAAAUAUGUUCUUGAUUUCAUCUAAAUAGCAAAGAAAAUGUCAAAAUUUGAUCCAUAUGAACACCUUAAGGUUUUAAAGAAUGAAGAUGGAACACUUACCCGUCUUGUUCAAUUCCCCCAAAUUCCGGCCACUGGAGACGCCGACCCCGUUCCCGGCCAGACGGUGGUCAGCAAAGAUGUCACCCUAGACGCCACAAAGAAGACAUGGUUACGCAUCCACCGGCCGGCCAAAAUUCCGUCAAACGACAACAAAAUCGCACGGCUUCCGUUAGUGAUUUACUUCCACGCCGGUGGUUGGAUACUUUUCAGUGUAUCGGAUGCCCUAAAUCAUGAAGCCAUGAACAAACUCUCCGACGAGAUCCCAGCCAUCAUCGUCGCCGUCAACUUCCGGCUAGCACCGGAGACCAGGCUUCCAGGUCAAUACGACGAUGCCAUGGACGCCAUCAAUUGGAUCAAAAAACAAGCCACAGAUCCAAACGGGGAUCCAUGGAUCAAACAGUACGCAGAUUUUUCUAGGGUUUUCAUGUACGGUACUUCAUGUGGCGCCAAUAUCGUAUUGAACACGGCUCUACGAGUUAUCGAUCACGACAUAUCGCCGGUAACAAUCGCCGGAAUCAUACUGUGCCAGCCGUUCAUCGGAGGGAAAAAACGAACCAAAUCGGAGCUAAAAUUGGCGGCAGAUGUGUUUUUUCCGUUGCCGGUGAUCGAUGUACUGUGGGAACUUGCUUUACCAAAAGGAACAGAUCGAGAUCACAGAUUUUGCAAUCCAUUAGGAGAUGAACAAGUGAAGGAGAAGAUGAAGAAAUUGGGCAGAUGUUUGGUUAUCGGAUUUGGAGGAGAUCCAUUGAUCGAUCGGCAACAAGAUCUGGUGCAAUUGUUGGUGAUGCAAGGGGUAAUGGUGGAAGCUCGAUUUGAUGAUGUAGGGUUUCAUGGGAUUGAAAUGAUUGAUCCAAGACGGGCGUCCGCCAUUCGUAAUUUUGUGAAGGAAUUCAUUGUCUGAAUUUGAAUAUGAUUUUCUUUAGAGUAAAUUACGUUUUUAGUCCUUGUAGUUUGUUGAAAUUUUCUA